UCCGUCAACUGAUGUUUGCAAUGGCUUCAGCAGCCACACUUUCUUUGUAGCAUGGUGUGUGGGUUUAUCUUUAUCCCCGGGUAUUUGUGUCAGUGAUGGACCGCAGCAGAUCUCAGGACAGAGCCGACAGGCUGAAAAAACACGACAAAAAGAAGAAACGGAGACGCUCCUCCUCUUCUUCAUCGUCGUCGUCCUCCUCCAGUAGCAGGAGUAGAUCAAAGAAAGCAGCUCAUAAAGAUGUGAAAACACAUAGAAAGAAGCGCAGAAGAAGCUCCUCUUCUCCCUCUUCCUCGUCCACCUCCUCUCCUUCGUCUUCUUCCUCCUCCUCGUCAAGCGAUGAAACCACGAAGAGGAAGAAAAGUAAAGCGAAGAAAAAAAAGCUGAAGAAGAAGGCGAAGCUGAAGAAACAGCGGAAAAAGGAAAAGAAAAAGAAGAAGGAGAAGGAGAAAAUGAAGAAGAAAGAGGAGAGGAAGAAAGAGGAAGUGUUGUUACCCUGUCCUCCUGCAGAGAAACCUUCAUCUCACCUGGAGGUGUGGCAGAGUGAUGAGGGAGCAAUGGAGCUCGGGCCUGUCAUGACAGAUGAACAGAAGGCGCGACUCUCCACUAAGAGGCCUCUCACCAAAGAGGAGUACGAGGCCAGACAGAGUGUAAUCCGCAGGGUGGUAGACCCUGAAUCAGGACGCACCAGACUGGUGAGAGGAGAGGGGGAGAUCAUUGAGGAGAUUGUCAGCCGGGAAAAACACAAAGACAUCAACAAGCAAGCCACCAAGGGAGACGGGAGCUCCUUCCAGAAAAAACUUGGACUGAACAGGUAGAAGUGGCGGUGAUCGCCUCCAGGAGGACAACUUCAUAAACUGAGACUACCAACUCAAGAAGAGCCUGCUCAGACUGCUGAAAAUCCGUGACAUCAAAUGAAGCCAUUUGAAAAUAUUUGCCAAAAAUGCAUAUUUACUGUGCAUUUUAUAUGAAUGAUUCUGUUGCCUGUGAUUGAACUGUACAGCAGAGAAUGUACAAAAAAACAGGGGGUGUUUACUCUUGGUGCACACUAAUGAGUUGAAUCUAUAUGAAAGCCAUCAUCUCCUGUUUAUUUGCCUUAUUAAAUCUAGUUCAUCACAGAGGAGAUGCAGAGUAGUUGGUGGUGGAUUUGAAUGUGUUAAUGGAGAUCUUUUUAAAGGAGCAGCUCAGCAUUCAUCACCUGGUGUAUGCGUUGAUUGAUGCAUAUUUAUUAUGUCCAGAUGAUGUCUGAUGUUUUGACUGCAAACAAUCCAACCACUCAAACAGCUUCUUCAUUUGAAAUGAGUACAUUUUGCAUCUGCUUUAUAUGAAACAAAUGAAGAAGCUAAUUUAAGUCUUCAGUAUCCUUCCAGCCUUUUUUUUGUAAUAUUUUGGCUCUGUACACAACACCCACUCACAGGUGUCUUCUCACUUUCACAUCACACUUUGUUUCUGUUUGGAGCUCUAAUUAAAUCUGCAUUCAAGUGAACUGAUCCCAGAAAAAAUAAACAGGUUAUUUGCAAUGAAA